UAGAAUAGUGUCGAAAAUUUGUGGAUGCAAUCCCAUAAAAUCCAAGAUGGAACAAAAUCGUGAUUGCCAGAAUUAUAUUGAACUUGAACUAGCGGACAAGGAAGGGCGAAAAUGGGUUUCUAGCAACCGAUCUUUACAUGACAAUAUUCCUGUUCAACUAAGUCCCGAAGGUGUUGAAGGCUGGAGAUUGGAGAAAGCUAACGAUGAAUUGUUGUGGAGUUUUCAUAUUAUGUCAGAGAAUAAUAAGAAAAUGUACGUCACGUUUAACGAGAGUAACAACGAUGUUACACUUGAAUAUGAUGACGAUAUCGCUGACGAUAACGGGAAGGGGAGAUAUUUUUCGAUGCUUCUUCAACCUGAACGCGGGGUGUUUCUGCGAGCUGAAAAGACAACAAACAGAUAUCUGUACAAUAACGAAGAAAAGUUGGAAAUGGUGAUAACCGAGAACCCAACCUUUGCAAUGCACUGGUUCCUUUCACCAUCGUUUGAAUUGAUUGAUUCCAUACUUGAAUCAUGCAUUGCUGAAAUUAAGUCAGUGACCAGUUCUCAGAAAUGGUUGAGUACUGGAGCAAAAAUGAAUGAUCAAAUUCAAACCCAACAGCUCACUGAUGAACAGGAUUGGAUUGUAUCUACAACUGACAGUAGGAUAGUUCAGAUUGCGGUUGAAUCUUUAAAGGCCAAUGAUUCUCUGCAAUUUGGAACCGUGGCAGCAAAUUUUAAACUCAAUAAAUAUGGAAAGGGAUCUAGUUUACAAUGCACCAUGAAUAGCCAGUAUGUAGUUGCUCCAGAGGACAAUGGAGAACUUUUUUUCUCUGAAACUGAAGCAGGCUCGACAUCUUGGGAAUUAAAUAUUAUAAGAUUUAAAUACGAGUGCAAUGGCAAAAUAAUCAUUUUCCCUGAGUUUCCCAUGCAAGUUCCAAAAUAGUCGUCGAACAUGAAUUAGUCUGGAUAAAGAGUGAAUCUUUUACAUGCCUGUUUGAAUGUAAUGAUUACAACGAACUCAACAACUUGGUAUUGACAUAAACUAUCUAUCUGUAUCUGAAACUAUAAAGAAGUGGCACAAUAUAUUGAAUUUUGAUGUAACGUAUAGGCAGCAUAUCUUGAUUACACCUGAUUUCAACUUAAUUUUACAAAUUGAUUGACUUGUUAAAAAAUAUAAUUGUAUGUACAUAUACUCACAAAAUAUUUAACACUAUCAAGCUUUUUUCGGUCCACGAGAUUAUCUGCGAUAUAUGCGGUGCAUAUUAGUACAGGCUGAUAACUUGAAACAUGAUAUAUAAGAAGAACUUAUAUAUACAUUGUUUCUGUUCUCCCAUUUUCAUUCUCUUCCAGUCUUCAUUAUCUGCAUUUUCUAUAUCUCCAGCUAGUCAGUCGUAUGCUAAC